UCUUUUUUUCCCUUUUUCGAACUUAACACCUACUGGCCGCUAUCGCCUUGCCGUUGCUAGAUUUCUUCGGUUGCAUCACUCGCCGCGCUUCGCCAGCCCCUUCAACCCGAUCCCAUUCAAUUGGUCCAUUUCAACUUCGCACACCCGUAACGCGAGGUCGAGAUGGCAGAACCAGAGAACCGCAAUAUCACCAUACCGAUCCCCAAUAGCGGCGACAACAGUAAGUGGGAAGGCACCUCGACCGACAGCGAAGCCGUCCCGACGCCGGAAAUGAGCGGGACGCCCCCCGAGGGCACGUCGCUACACGAACAUGAUCUAGCCACUCCCACCAUGGGCCCUGUCCCCGCGAGCCCGCGCCGCUCGCGCAAUCCGUCCUUCUCGGGGAGCAGUUCGUAUCAGGAAGACUGGGAUCCGUUCCCACCCCUGGAGCGCUUGACGGUGCUCGACAUACUCGAUAACUUCGCGCUGUCGCAGCAGAUCGAGAAGCUCCAGAAGGGCAUCUCUGCCCAGACAGAAAAGGUGCGCAAGUCGCGCGAGGCCCUCGGAAACAGGAGCCGCAUCGCCCGGGAGCGCAUGGUAGACGAAUGGCGGCGGCGCGUGCCCUCGGCGGAGGAGCAGCUGGACCGCUACCGCAAGCGCAUGCGUGCCAGCGUCGAGAAGCUCGGGGCGCGCUGGAACGACACCAAGGCCAUCACGCUGCGCGAGAAGAUCUCCUUCAUCUUCGGCGUCAUGAACAUCCUGGUCAGCGGCUACCUGAUCGGCGGCCUCCCGGAGUGGUUCCACCUCUGGUACACGGUCCAGAUCCUCUACUUCAUGCCCAUCCGCUACUACACCUACCACAAGCGCGGCUACCACUACUUCCUCGCCGACCUCUGCUACUUCGUCAACCUGCUCCUCCUGCUCAGCAUCUGGGUCUUCCCCUCCUCCAAGCGCCUCUUCACCGCCGUCUACUGCCUCGCCUUCGGCAACAACGCCGUCGCCAUCAUCAUGUGGCGCAACUCGCUCGUCUUCCACUCCCUCGACAAGGUCACCUCCCUCUUCAUCCACAUCAUGCCGUGCGCCACCCUGCACUGCAUCGUCCACCUCAUCGACCCCGUCGUCCAGCGGGCCCGCUUCCCGGCCAUCUGGACCAUCAAGACCUCCUCCGCCGCCGGCUCCUCCCCCGACUACGCCAGCCCCCUCUUCAUGCUCGCCUGGUCCACCAUCCCCUACGCCUUCUGGCAGCUCGCGUACUACUUCUUCAUCACGGUCCGCCGCCGCGACAAGAUCGCCGCCGGCCGCCCCACCUCCUUCACCUGGCUGCGCAAGUCGUACAGCAAGAGCUGGAUCGGCAAGAUCGUCCUGUCCCUCCCCGACGCCCUGCAGGAGCCCGCCUUCAUGCUGAUCCAGUACACCUACGCCGUGCUGACCAUGCUGCCCUGCCCGCUGUGGCUCUUCAGCCGCUGGGCGUCGGCAACCUUCCUGACGGUCGUCUUCGCCUGGAGCGUCUACAACGGGAGUACCUACUACAUCGACGUCUUCGGGAAGCGCUUCCAGAAGGAGCUCGAGGCCAUGAAGGCCGAGGUGGCCAAGUGGCAGCACAGUCCGGACAUGUGGCCGCACGAGGAAGGCGGGGCGGCCACGCCCAUCGUUGGUCCCGGCGCCGGCGCCGGCGCCGGUGCUGGUGCUGGUAAUGGCACUGGUACGGAUGGGGAGGGGAAGAGCGGGAGCGUCGCGGAUGUGAUCUCGGGCAAGGCGCUGCUGGACGACGAUAGCCGCCGAGCGGCCGGCAGCGUGGAUAACAUCCCGCUGCUGAAUGACGAGCGGACCUCGUCUGUUCUUGUUACCGGCGUUGAUGUGGAUGGAGGGGCGAGGGACGUUGCAAGGGAAAGGAGGACUGGUAGUGGGGAGUCAUUGUGACCCCUUCCCCCACUUUUUUCGAUAAUGUUUUCUUUUUUUUACUUCCGUUUUUGGCCUGGUCGAUAACGUUAUGAUAUCCUGGAUCGUGUUUUUUUUUCCCGUCUUUAAUGUCACUGGAUUCUCAUCUUGGGCCACGGCGAAUGGCGAACGAGUGUUGAGUUGACUCGAGAGUGCCCGGGGCUCUUUGUGUCACCAUCAAGUGAUGGCGCUCCAAUCCCUUCUUUCCAACGGCCUGUUUACACGAUUGGGGCGGACGGCUGGAGGAGCUGAACGGAAACAAAACACGCCGGAACCUCUCUGGUACGCUGCUUAGCACCGG